GUGAGCUGGAGGACCUCGCUCGAUGCUCUCGGAGUGCGAUUCGGUGAGCUGGAGGAACUGUCUUGAUGCUUUCGGAGUGUUUGGCUGGCCUGGAGGACCCAGGUUUGGCGCGUAAUAGGAGCGGAGCAGAGACAGCGCGGGCAGGAUGGGGAUUCAAGGUCUGGCUAAACUCAUUGGCGAUGUGGCGCCGGCAGCGGUGAAGGAGCAGCAGAUGAAGAGCUACUUCGGUCGCAAGGUCGCCAUCGACGCCUCCAUGAGCAUCUAUCAGUUCCUGAUCGCGGUGAGGCAGGACGGCAACGUACUUCAGAGCGAGGAUGGAGAGACCACCAGCCACCUAAUGGGCAUGUUCUACCGCACCAUCCGCAUUAUCGAGAACGGGAUCAAGCCAGUCUACGUCUUUGACGGGAAGCCGCCGCAGCUGAAAGCUGGAGAGCUGAGCAAGCGGAGCGAGCGGAGGGCGGAGGCUGAGAAACAGCUGGCGAAUGCCCAAGAGACAGGUGACACUGAGAACAUUGAGAGGUUCAACAAGAGACUGGUGAAGGUCACCCAGCAGCACAACGACGAGUGCAAGCGGCUCUUGCGGCUGAUGGGCGUCCCGUACAUCGAGGCUCCCUGCGAGGCAGAGGCCAGUUGUGCUGCCCUGGUGAAGGCCGGCAAGGUUUAUGCCGUCGCCACAGAGGACAUGGACGCCCUGACCUUUGGCACCUCCAUCCUCCUCCGGCACAUGACAGCCAGCGAGGCCAAGAAGUUGCCGAUUCAGGAGUUCCACCUGAACAAGGUGCUGCAGGAGUCAGGGCUGACACAAGAGCAGUUCGUCGACCUCUGCAUUCUCUUAGGCAGUGACUACUGCGAGACGAUCCGCGGGAUCGGACCCAAACGAGCCAUCGACCUGAUCCGCCAGCACAAGAGCAUCGAGGAGAUUGUCAAGCACAUAGACACAAGUAAAUACACGCUCCCCGAGGACUGGAUGUACAAGGAGGCCCGGCAGCUCUUCCUGGAGCCAGAGGUGGUGCAGGCCGAGUCGGUGGACCUGAAGUGGACAGAACCGGACGAGGAGCAGCUGGUGGCCUUCAUGUGUGGGGAGAAGCAGUUCAGUGAGGAUCGAAUCCGGAGUGGGGCCAAGAAGCUGCAGAAGAGUCGUCAGGGCAGCACCCAAGGGCGACUGGAUGACUUCUUCAAGGUCACCGGGACCCUGACCUCUGGGAAACGCAAGGAGCCGGAGCCCAAAGGAUCCGCCAAGAAGAAAUCGAAAUCAGCCUCCAGCUGGAAGAGGGGCAAGUGAGCUCAGCUGGGGAGCGUCAGCCUGGGGAGACCAGCCGCAGGGGUGGGGCGGCCAUCUGAGGAGCAUUCGCCGGAUUGUCGGCGGUGUACCACCUUCAGCCAUCUCAACACCCCCCCCCAUCCACUCCAGUGAUCCUUGCCCAGUUUCUGCUUGUGUGUCCUCCCCCACCCUGUCCCCACCCCAGCACGUCAGUGGGGGAGGUGUCAGUAUCAGCGGAGGCUGGACUGUUCAGGAACAGACUGUUGAACUCAUUAUCCUUUUUUAAAUAUGCUUCAUGCUUUAAAUAAAAUGUCCUGCAAGGA